GAAAUCAGUUAGCUAGCAAUGGCAUCAUCGGUGCAACAGGUACGAGAAAACGUUGCGACAAUGCCUGAGAAAGAAAAGGCAGCGGUGGAUGAAGUCUUGAGAGAGGCAAAGAGCUACCUUGUGACAAACAACAUCAACAAUGAUCAGAUUACAGCAAUGGCAGUGGGUACAAUAAGAAGCGCUCACAGCCGACAAAUGAGGUAUUACAAAAGCAAAAAUUGGACGGGGAAUUUCAUGGUGAGGAUUCCCGAGUUAAUCAACGGAGGUGAUAGGGCUGUGGUAGUGCACAAGGGCUCCAAGGGGGCGGUGAUUUAUGGUCUUCAGCCCAACGCAACUCGUCCUCUUGGAUGGCUCCUUCCCUGGUCCAAGCCCGAUAUGCCUAAUCAACCUAAUAAGGUGUAUGCGGAGGGCGGACCAUUAGAGAGAAUCCUGAACAAGGAUUGGAAUGAAGUUGAACAGAAACUCGACAUGUCCGGCGACUACUGCCAUCACUGGGACAAAGAAUCAGGUGCAAUGGUAACGGCUGGAAUCCAAGAUGAUAGUGAGAAAGUAGCUCUUGUUGGUUCCACGAUUAGUUAUACAGGGGGCGAGGGGUUCUUGACACCCAACUAGGCCAACUAACACUCAUAUAUAUAUGGCCAUAUAAUUAAUAUGUAUGUUGUGGUGUACUUGAUGAUGUGCAUGACAACCUGAAGAACUAAGAAUAAACACGCAUAGUUUAGCGUGAUAUGAACAAUUAUGCCCCUUAAUUAGGUUUGUAAUAAUGACAUGGAUGGACAUCUAUUAAUAUAGGAAAA